GCUCACUCUCUCACUCCUUCGCCUCUCUCUCGUUCUUUCUCUUCUCUAUGCCUCCCCUGAGACGAGAAGAAGGAAAAGAAAACCCUUCCUCUGACAUGCGAACAAACACCACAAAACGAAACCCCUCUUCCUCUUCUUGAUUCUGCAAACAACGAUAAUAAAAACGGAAGGCAUACCCCGCCGGCGACGACAAGGUAGACAUCGUCGGAGACGACAACGACGGCGACUAGGAGGGAAUUCGAAGUUCAGAUUUGCUUUCGUUACUUUUGAAGAAUGUAGCUGGUGAUUUCGAGGGACGCCAAGGCUACUCAAUGGUCUCUGAAUUUCAGUGUGUGUUUUGUUUUGUUAUAAUCUUGCUAAUUUGAAUCUCAAAGACUUAAACUAAAACUAUGAGAUCUAUUGUAGCCUCGGACCUCAGUGGUUGUGAUGUUUGUUUCUUCCAAUAAGUAACAAAAGACUGAAAGGAAUUUGUAUAGCUUUUUGUUUCUCACGUGAAUAAGCUCAAUGGGUUGGGUUGGGUUAUCUUCUGCACAGGGCAAUCGAAUGUUGUAAUUAGCUCCUGUUUGUUGAUAUGCAUGCAGAACAAAAAGCUCCUAGGUGACUUGGGAUUGGAGGGUCCCUGCAUUUUCAAUUGCUCUUGGUUGAUCAAUAGAUAGAUUGCAUAGGCAUGAGAAUAUGCAGUGGAUGGCGCCGUUUCCUCAUUUUUCUUCCUAUUCUUUUCAUCCUUUCUCAUCUGCUCUAUGUUUUUGAGUUACACCCAGAGGCUGUCGAAAAUCGGUCCAGGAAGGAAAACAAAAAAUCUGAUCAUCUGGUUCUUGGGCCUGCUGCAGGUCAAGGCUUUCCUAAUCGUUUGCAAUGCCAAGGCUAUCAAGCUCUGAACAAGACGCAUGUACAAACAUCUUCUUUUCCUUCCAAUUUAGGGGUUGGAGUAUCUUUCGUCACCGUAUUCACCAUUUAUAACUCUUCAGUGGGUGUUCAUGCUGAGAGUCGAUCAUCAAAUUUGGUUACUGUUGGAAGUGCUUCAUAUACAAAGACUGAGAGGUCACUGGCCAUUCUGAAUGUCUACAUUAACUUCAUUCAGGUGGCAAUGCCUCGGAGCAAUGUUGUCAUUCUGACUGAUCCAGCAUCUGAUCUCUCGAUUCAUCGGAACAAUGUCAGUGUAUAUCCAGUUAAGGGUGAAUAUUCCCGGGACAACCUGAUGCUCCAACGGAUCAGAUCUUACAUUGUAAGGGCUCAUCAAAUUGAUAGAAAGUUGGAUUUUCUUUUCCCCCCUUUUCAGGCUUUUCUAGAUAUCAAGCUGAAGGACCUGGUGAAAGAGCCUGGGCGUAUAACUCACUACAUCUUCACCGACUCGGAUAUAGCUGUAGUUGGUGACCUAGGUCACAUGUUCCGUGACUACCCGAAUUUUCAUCUGGCUCUCACCUUUCGCAACAAUAAGGGCCAGCCUCUUAAUUCUGGGUUCAUAGCUGUUAGAGGAACUCGUGAUGGAAUCUUUAGGUCGAAGAUAUUCCUUGAGAAGGUACUUCAAGUAUACAGUUCCAAGUACAUGACUGCUUCUAGAAUGCUUGGAGACCAGUUAGCUCUUGCAUGGGUGGUGAGGUCUCAUCCUGCUUUUGACUCGGGGAGAUUUAGCAAAUCACGGGCUUUUCAAGAAGACAUUGACGGUGCAUCGGUGCUGUUUCUACCUUGUGCUACACACAAUUGGACACCACCAGAAGGUGCAGGGCAGUUCCAUGGUAUGCCGUUGGAUGUCAAGGUGGUUCAUUUUAAGGGUUCGAGGAAGCGACUAAUGCUGGAGUCUUGGAACUUCUUCAAUUCCUCGUCUACUGUGAGCGUGUCCGACAUGUUGUGCCUCGUUUUAAUGAGCGGGAGAACUAAGUAUGACUUUUGAAUCAUGUAAACAGUUGGAGAAACAGAUAGCAACCAGUGGCCUGGUCAUGGUGGGAAAAACCUUGGGUUCAUUUUGAGGGGAAAAGAAGGGAGGUUUUUCUUUUCUUUUUAUGGGGCAAUCAUUGCACAAUCGAAAUACUCUGCUGUGCAUUUGUUUUCUGGUACUUGAAAUCAAUCCAAAAGAACCAUUGAUCCAAA